CAAGCCAGAGAGGAAAAGCUAUCUCCUCCUCCUUUCUUGCUUUGCUCUGAAACAUCAACGUACACAUAUACUGCAAGAGAGCUACUAGCUAGAACGCAUUAUAUAUGCAGCAGCAGCAGCAGUAGCAGAGAAGAAGAAGAUGAGAAGAAUCUUGCAAGCUCGCUUUAUUAUAUAAGGCCGGCUAUCUUCCUUGUCUCUCUCAACAAACAUAUAUCACGCUGCUACUUACUAACACUGAAACCUCAGCUAAGAUAAUUAACUUAGCUAGUUGUCUCAGGAUUAUAUUCAGCAGAUCAGAAAGCAAGUUAAUUAGUUAGUACUGUAAUAAGUUGCUGCUGCCAUGGAUGGCAAGAAGCCAUAUGUGAUCGCCAUCAUCAUACAGGUGAUCUACACGGGGUUGUAUGUUGUUUCCAAGGCGGCCUUCGAUCAGGGGAUGAACACCUUCGUCUUCAUCUUCUAUCGUCAGGCUGCUGCCACUCUUCUCUUGCUGCCUCUCGCCAUUAUUCUCGAAAGGAGAAAUGCGCCAGCCAUGUCGCUUCGGCUGUUUACCAAGCUUUUCAUGUAUGCUCUGCUCGGGAACACAAUAACCAUGAACAUGUACAACGUAAGUCUCAAGUACACCUCGGCGACGGUUGCAUCUGCCACCAGCAACUCUGUGCCCGUCGUCACCUUCUUCUUGGCUGUCCUACUAAGGCUUGAAGUGAUCCGGCUGAGGACCUUGUCUGGCGUGGCGAAGGCGGCGGGCGUGGCGCUGUGCCUCGCCGGCGUGCUCGUCAUCGCGCUCUACGCCGGGCCGGCGAUCAGCCCGUUGAACCACCACCGCGCCUUGAGCGGCGGCGUCCAUGGAGCAGAGAGCAGCGUGGGGACGGGGACGAGGGCGAGGUGGAUGAAGGGGACGUUCCUGAUGCUGCUAUCCAACACGACAUGGUCGCUGUGGAUCGUGCUCCAGGCGUCGCUGCUCAAGGAGUACCCCAACAAGCUGCUCGCCACGCUCAUCCAGUGCGCGCUCAGCACGCUCCAGUCGCUGCUGCUGGCGGCGGCGGUGGUGCGGGCCGACCCGGCGGCGUGGCGGCUGCGCCUCGACGCCGGCCUCCUCGCCGUCGCCUACACGGGCUUCGUCGUCACCGGCGUCUCCUUCUACCUCCAGGCGUGGUGCAUCGAGAAGAAGGGCCCCGUGUUCCUGGCCAUGUCCAACCCGCUCUGCUUCGUCUUCACCAUCUUCUGCUCCUCCUUCUUCCUCGCCGAGAUCGUCCACCUCGGCAGCAUCGUCGGCGGCGUCCUGCUCGUCGCCGGCCUCUACAGCGUGCUCUGGGGUAAGAGCAAGGAGCACAACAUCAAUAUGCAGCUCACGCUCGCCGCCGCCGCUUCUACCGAACAAGUGAAACAGCGGCAAGAGGAAGAUCACAAGAUGGAGAUCGCCGGCGGCGACGAGCAGGAGGAGAUCAAGCAGCAGCAGCAGGGGAAAAUGGCGGCGUCGCCGGAGCAACAAGUGUAGCUAGCUUUUGUACCUAAUAAAUGACAUAAUUAAUUAGCUAGAACCUAAUAAGUUGUUAGUGUUGAUAACCGAGAGAUAUACCUCGUGUCAAUCUAAAGACGAUAUGAUUAAUUAAGGGAGUAUUUAGAUCACAGUCGUAUCAAAAUUCAAAAAAAAAAACUAGUCACAUUUCUCUC